GCAAAGCAGUUUAUAUAGCGAAGCAAACACUGCCGGUGAUUCUGCAUACAAAAUCCCGAAGCUACCUAUCCUCACUGCCAAAAAGAUGAUGCUGGGUGAACGACACCGUCCUAAUCCAACAAUCCACGUUCCGCCGUGGGCCCUGCUUGAUGAUACGAAUUCCGACGCUAAUCCCUCGUCGCCGUUGACCUCUCACUCCGGCAAUGCUGCUAUAGCAUCUGACUAUAACCCGUGCUAUCUUCAAGAAGCGCUGGCCGCGCUGCAGCGUUAUCUGCCGUCGAAUGAACCGGAUUUGGACUCUGAUUCCGAGUUGUUAGGCCUGGAACCGGGCUCUCCGGUGGACGCCUAUUCUUGCGAUCAUUUCAGGAUGUUCGAGUUCAAAGUGAGGCGGUGUGCACGUGGCAGGUCACAUGACUGGACCGAGUGUCCUUAUGCUCAUCCAGGGGAGAAGGCGAGGAGAAGAGACCCGAGAAAGUAUCAUUAUUCGGGUACUGCAUGUCCUGAUUUUCGAAAGGGAAAUUGCAAAAAAGGCGAUGCGUGUGAGUUCGCCCAUGGUGUGUUCGAGUGCUGGCUGCACCCUGCCCGUUACAGAACUCAGCCAUGUAAGGAUGGUACUAACUGUAGGAGAAGAGUGUGCUUUUUUGCUCACACGGCAGACCAACUCAGGGUUCUGCCUCAACAGAGUCCCAGGAGCCUCAACUCGGUCGACUCAUACGAUGGAUCACCCCUCAGACAGGCUAGGGAAGCUUAUUGUGCAAAAAGUGUUCCGUUUUUGGCUAGCCCUGGCUCGAUUUCUCCUCCUGCUACGCCGCCGUUGGAAUCUCCUCCCAUGUCGCCGAUCACACAGUCCUUAAGUCGGUCUCUUGGGUCCAACUCGAUCAACGAAAUUGUGGUUUCACUAAGAAACUUGCAACUAGGUAAGGUUAACUCUAUGCCGCCAUCUUGUAAUGUGCAUGUUGGUGGAUCCGGGUUCGGGUCUCCAAGAGGGUCGAUGAUCCGAUCCGGAUUCUGUAGUCUUCCAUCCACUCCAAGCGGUGGUCCUACUCGUUCUGGACUCCGUUACCGUGAUGUCUGGGAAAAUGUUUGCGAGGAGGAGCCAGCUAUGGAGAGAGUGGAGUCUGGAAGGGACCUGCGGACAAAGAUGUUUGAGAAAUUGAGCAAAGAGAACUCGCUGGGACGGGUCGACCCAGAUCCAGACCAGUCUUCCAAAGCUCCGGAUGUUGGAUGGGUCUCGGAGCUGUUGAAGUGAGGUGAGCCAAGUGGCUCGUAUAAUUGUUUAAUUAUUUAUUCGGCAAAGUCUAUUUUGGUUUCCCCUCUCAUUGUAAAUAGUGGUUAAAAGAACUGAGGUAAGCUGGGAAUUAAUUAGGCUUCUGUGUCAGCAAAUUGAAAAUUCUGUUAAAUGUAUAUAUUUAAUUAAAAGAAAUUAUUGAAGAAGAAGAAUCUAACCUCUGGGCGACGAGAAUUCCUUGGAGAAUUAUCGAAGAGCAGAAUGAGAAUUCACAAGGCAAUCGAAGGUGGAAGGAGAAAUUGUAUACGGGCUGGGGCAGAAAAUGGAUUAUUCCCAUAUGUCCUUUUUGUUUAAGAGGUUUGUUAUCUUGUUAUUAGUAAGCGUUGAAGGUGCUGAUCUUUUUAUUAUGACUGUACAAAUUGUCCGAGCCAUGUAACGAUAUGCAAAUUAAUGCAUUGUAUAAUUAAUUCUGUUCAUUUGCUUCUGAA